AUGUCAAAAGUGGAUUUGAGACAUGCAAAUGAAGUCAGUGGUUCACGAGUUGUAGACAUCGGUGUUGACUUAUCCGAAUUUUACGCUUCCGUCGAAUGGGAUAUUUUAGAGGUUCCAGCAAUAAGAAAUGAGAAAUAUUAUACUUGCUGCGAAGAACCAUACUUAGACAUUACAUUCAAUAUCACGAUGCGGAGGAAAACGCUAUUUUACACGGUGAAUUUGAUCAUACCUUGUAUGGGGAUAUCAUUUCUUACGAUACUUGUGUUUUACCUUCCAUCAGAUAGUAACGAAAAAGUUAGUUUAAGUAUUUCGAUUCUUCUUUCGCUGACCGUGUUCUUUCUGCUGCUAGCCGAAAUAAUUCCACCCACAUCACUAGUCGUGCCACUUUUGGGAAAAUUUGUGCUAUUUACAAUGAUACUUGACACCCUCAGUAUAUGUGUGACGGUCGUUGUGUUAAAUAUACAUUUCCGUUCUCCCACUACACACGUAAUGUCACCAUGGGUCCGCCGAGUGUUCAUUCACAUUCUACCGAGAAUGUUAAUCAUGAGAAGACCUCACUACCAAAUGGAAAGGAAGAGUCUGAUGGGAACAUGCCAUCGUAUUAUGGUGAGGACGUGCAACGGGCUUGAGCUUAGAGAUCAAAAUUCGGCUGAUCAGUUGUUGCACAGCAACGAUGUAUUUCCUGCCAGGGAUUUGGAAAGCGGUGUAAUUGGCUGUUGUGAGAUUCACGGUCCAAUAAUAGCAUUACCCAGUCCAUCCGAAACAAACCAAAAUGGCCCAGUUCCUAAGGGUAGAAAACAUUGGCACGAUUGUCCAGAGCUCCAUAAGGCCGUCGAGGGCGCUGCGUAUAUAGCUGAUUACAUUAAAAAAGAAGAAGAAGAGAAAAAGAUUAAAGAAGAUUGGAAAUAUGUGGCGAUGGUACUGGAUAGGUUGUUUUUGUGGAUAUUUACAUUGGCGGUGACCAUGGGAUCUGCAGGGAUAAUCCUACAGGCACCCACUCUGUAUGACAAUCGGUUGCCAAUCAAUGUCCGGUUGUCGGAAAUACUUGCCCAUACACCAACAGUGAAACAGAAUUAUAAUAACAUUAUGUAA